CCAAGUAAUUGGAGUCACAAGCCCGUUGGAUAGUUUGAGGCAGCGGUCUCGUGGGGGUGAUCGGGUCUUAUCAUGAUCUGAGCCGUGAGCGUUGGGGAAAGACGUGUUAUUUGGCAAAUAUGGGGAGCUGGAGGUGUUUGCCGCUGAUUUGCGUACUUUGUUUGGCGGCAACCGCCGGAGAGGCGACCAAAACUGACGACGAGGUCAACCUCGUCAGCUUCCUGAGAGGAAUCUACACCGGACUCUUGGUGAGAGAUGAGCCCUUCGUUCUCAACACAGACUUUGGGAUCCGUUCCGUCGGUGUGGAAAAGUUCUCAGAAGAAAACGUCGAAUCGGUCAAGAAGGACGACGACGGGACUCCGGGACCUGUGGUGUUGACCAAAAACGGGCCGGUCCGGGGGAUUACAUCAGAUAAAGCCCAGAUAUUCUACGGGAUACCGUAUGCGGACCCCCCAGUCGGGGCUUACCGCUGGAAGCCCCCGAGACCUGUGAGUCCUUGGAAGGGGGUUUAUGACGCCACCUUCCCCAGGGCGCCAUGCAUGCAGGGCUGCAGAGGACCAAUCGCUGCAGAAUGUCCACAGCACGUCAGCGAGGACUGCCUCUAUCUCAACGUCUUCGUCCCCCGGGACGUCGACUUCGGCUCGCCACAGCGCAGUCCACUUCCUGUGAUGGCGUGGAUCCACGGCGGGGAUUUCAUCGCCGGUUCGGCCUCCAAGCCGCUGUACGACGGCCGCUUCAUGAGCAACUUCACCCGCUCUGUUGUCGUAAGCCUGGAGUACAGACUGGGUGCGUUCGGGUUCCUGGUGUCAGGCAAAGACCCCGAUACGUCGGCCGUGGGGAAUUACGGCAUCCUGGACCAGCAGGCGGCACUCCUUUGGGUCCAGCGGAACAUCGCCGCGUUUGGGGGUGACUCCGGCAAGGUGACCAUAUUCGGAGAGAGCGCCGGCGCUCAGUCAGCGAGUCUUCACCUGAUGAUCCCGAGCAGCGAGCCUCUGUUCAAACAGGCCAUUCUGCAGAGUUUGCCCUUCUCCAUCCCCUUCAAGACCAGACACGACGCCCUGAAGCUCGGGAAGGACUUUGCGAAAAAGACCAACUGCUCCGUCGACGACGUCGUGUGCCUGCUGUCGCUGGCGCCACGGGCCGUCCUGGAAGCGCAGAUGAAAACAAGUUCCAAGCUGGUGAACCCGUUCAGGUUCCUGGAGCUGUUUGAGACGUGGGGUCCCUUCAUCGACGGCGAGCUCAUCAAGGAGCAGGCGGUCACCGCCUUCCAGAAAGGCCACUGGCAUAAGGAGAAACCGGUGCUGCUGGGCACGACCUCAGAAGAAGGCGUCAUCUUUGCGUACGGCGUCUUCAACAAGCCGGUGUCGGCGGUGGAGUCCAUCAUAUACGUCACGGCCAUUUUCAAACAGCACAGCCCGCAGAUCCUGCACAAGUACUUGCCUCUCUACAGGGACUCAGACCGGAGGGAUAUGCUGGCUCAGAUCGUGACAGACUUCGUCUUCCUGUGUCCGUCGCGAAGGUCGAUGCGGGCAGCCGCGGAAGCCGGCAGCAAAGCGUGGAUGUACGUGUUCGACCACGUGAUCUCGGACCCCGGCGUCUGGUCCGGUCUGACCUUCUGCUACCGGCACGUCUGCCACGGCGCCGAGCUGCCGUUCGUCUUCGACUCGGCCCCCGCGGCCAACUUCACCAUGACUCCGGCCGAGAAGCUGCUGUCCAAUCGGAUGCUGUGUUACUGGGGGGCCUUCGCCCACGCGGGCGACCCGUCCUCGCGGGUCCGUCAGACGACCUUCUGCCGGGAGCAACGUCUGUCCGCGUGGCCUCGUUAUUCUGACACCAGCGGGUGGCUGGUCAUGAACCUGACGGUGCGUUCGCAUGCACAAAUUGGGACCAGGAGCCACGUGUGUGAUUUCUGGGACCGUCUGGGUGUCUACUAGCGCCGCGGAGAAUACAUUUUCCUCGCGUCCUGUGUUCCAUCGAGCCAUGUUUCAUUUACGGCGGCGCUGCAUCAAUUGUGCGUUAAAAACACAGCAACCCAAUCCUCAUAUAUGCCAGUUUGCCUCUCAAUAAACUAUCCCAAUAAAAUAUGUUUUACCCCCCACAUGCACCGCUUUCUGCACUUAAUAGCGUUAGCGCUGCUAUUUAAUGGCCUCCGCUUCUUCCAUUACAUUUACGCGGGGCCCAAAUGUGAUAUAAUCAAUAUAAUUUUGCAGAUCGAGCUUUCACAACAUUUCGUUUCCCGCUAGCUCGGCAGGCUUCUGUACGUUCCCCAAGAGAUUGAUCGCAUAAUUGCUAUAACGCGACA